UAGAUGGCAGUGUCUUGCUUUUGUUUUCCAUAUUAAGUACAGAGCUUUCAUUUCUCAUAGUAUAUGUUUUGUGGAUUAAUAAUUGUUGCUACUGGUUGCCAUUUGUAAGUAAACAACUUCGAAUGUGCUCACAAUCAAUCAGUAGGAUGAUCUAAUAAAAUUAUCUAUGCUAAAUGGCGGAGACAAAGCGAAUGCAACAUCCUGUAAAACAUAACCCCGUACAAGAAGCAGCGGACACAGCACAGACUGAAGAAGGAAACGAGCAGAUGAAUUUGGAAAUUCUCGAGGAUGGUGAGGCGACAGCUCAACAAACGGUUUAUCAGAUUCGACCGCAUCUUAAUGAAAAGUUUAAACCUCUAAGUGCAAAGGAGGUAAUACAUGAUGUGCUGUUUGAUCAACUCGCUACAAAAUCAUAUGAUGCACAGGCAGCUGCUCAGUGGACCAAAGAUAUAGCAGAUAUUAUUGAAAGAAAAAUUAAAGAUUUACAAUUUAAGAGGUAUAAAUAUAUUGUCAAUGUAGUUUUGGGACAGCAACAUGGUGCUGGUGUAAAAAUAGGUACAAGAUGUAUUUGGGAUGCAGAAGCUGAUACAUAUGCCUAUGAUAGUUUCAUUAAUAUGACGAUAGACAGCGUCGCUUAAAGAUCUUAAAGCCCAUUAGUUUGAAGAUAUAUCCGGCUGGUGUGCAAGGAGUGUAAGAGCAAACCAAUUUAUUUUCAUUCAACGUUGGAUUACAAGCCAUACGACCAGCGAACGCUGCAAUUACUACCUCGAGGCCCCUGUUACACGCAAGACUGAUUCUGUGCCUCACCGUGAUGCUCUAAUGUUCAAUAUAUCGCGUAAAAUGGUAAUAUUAUUACUACAAUUACGUGGCUGUCCCGAGCCAAACACCAUUACCGAGCUGAACGUUUUAAUGCGCUUCAACAUUUUCUUUUUUACCUGGUCAGACAAACGGUCAAAAUUAGGUACGAAGAACAUUUUGUUGUUUGCAAUAUUUAAAAAAAUAAAGAGUAUUUAGAAUUAUAAA